AUGUCAUUAACAAUUAAUGAUUUAAAUAUAAUUGAAUAUCUCACCAAAUGGUAUAUAUCAUUACCGUUAUUACUAGUUGUUUACAAAUUAUUUGAUGUUUUUUAUGAAAUUUAUUUAAGAAAUAAAUUAGGUGCAAAACGUGAAACCAAUAUCGAAUCAGAUGGAUAUUUUGGAUUCAAAAUGCCUUUUAUAAUGAUUAAAAAAAAAGAUGAUGGAGUUUUACCAGAUUUUUCAGUUGAAAGAUAUGAAAAUUUAUUAAAUCCAAAUAUCGCAACUUAUUCAUUUAAAAUUUUUACAACUAAAUUAUUUGCAACCAAAGAUCCUGAAAAUAUUAAAGCUAUUUUAGCUACACAAUUUAAUGAUUUUAGUUUAGGUUUAAGACAUGCUCAAUUUGCUCCACUUUUAGGAAAUGGUAUAUUUACAUUAGAUAAAGAAGGUUGGAAAGAUUCAAGACAAAUGUUAAGACCACAAUUUGCAAGAGAACAAAUUAGUCAUGUUAAAAUGUUAGAACCUCAUAUACAAAUAUUAUUUAAACAUAUUCGUAAAAAUUUAGGUAAUACAUUUGAUUUACAAGAAUUAUUUUUUAGAUUAACUGUUGAUUCAGCAAGUGAAUUUUUAUUUGGAGAAUCUGUUGAAUCACUUAAGGAUGAAUCAAUUGGGUUUCAUAUUGAAGAUUUUGCUGGUAAAAAGGAAUUUGCAAAAUCUUUUAAUUCUGCUCAAGAUUCAAUGUCUGUUAGAUCAAAAUUACAAAAAUUAUAUUGGUUAUAUAAUCCAAAACAUUUUCAACAAUGUAUUAAAGUUGUUCAUACAUUUGCUCAACAUUAUGUUCAAAAAGCCUUAAGUUUAACUCCAGAAGAAUUGGAUAAACAAGAAGGUUAUGUUUUCUUGUAUGAAUUAGCUAAACAAACAAGAGAUCCAAAAGUUUUACAAGAUCAAUUAUUAAAUAUUUUAGUUGCAGGUAGAGAUACAACAGCUGGAUUAUUAUCAUUUGUAUUUUUUGAAUUAGCAAGAAAUCCAGAAAUUUUUAAAAAAUUAAAAGAAGAACUUUAUUCAAAAUUUGGUUUUGGAAAAGAUGCAAGAGUUGAAGAAAUUACAUUUGAAAGUUUAAAAAAUUGUGAAUAUUUAAAAGCUGUAUUAAAUGAAACUUUAAGAUUAUAUCCUUCUGUACCUCAAAAUUUUAGAUUAGCUAUUAAAGAUACAACAUUACCUCAUGGUGGUGGAAAAGAUGGAUUAUCCCCAGUUUUAAUUCGUAAAAAUACAACAGUUACUUAUUCAGUUUAUGCAACUCAUAGAUCAGAAGAAUUUUAUGGUAAAGAUUCUACUAUUUUUAGACCUGAAAGAUGGUUUGAACCAGAAACUAGAAAAUUAGGUUGGGCUUUUUUACCAUUUAAUGGUGGACCUCGUAUUUGUUUAGGUCAACAAUUUGCAUUAACUGAAGCAAGUUAUGUUACAACAAGAUUAAUUCAAGAAUUUUCAAAUUUAUCAAUGAAUCCAAAUACUAAAUAUCCACCUAAAAAAUCAUCUCAUUUAACUAUGAGUUUAUUUGAUGGUUUAAAUAUUGAAAUGUCAUGA